UCCUGGCCGCUGUCGCCGGCCGUGGCAACUGCCGUGCUGCAGCUCCCCGCGGAGGUGCGGGGAAUGGAGGACCUAAGCCCCGGCAGCCACACCCACACGUUAACUGGUACAGUCGCUGGAGUUGCGGCGGCACCUGGAAGGGUGCAGCAGAGGGCACCUCACGGCGAGUUCUCCGCGUCUAGCGCAACGGAACACAGCAUAACGUCCGCAGCCGGCGUUACGGCAAGUACUGGCCCUGCUGGGCCGUUGGCGCUACAGGGCUCAACUGAGGCCCCUGGGGAACUUAAUCUAGGGUCGUCGGCCCUUGCACCAGGUCGGUUGGUGCCCUCCACCGCUGACCCGAGCCAGCUAGGCAGCCUUGAGGGUGUGAUGAUGGCAGUAAGCGGCGGCAUGGCACGGCACAGCGGCGAUAGCAGCAGCGGCGGAGGGAGCAGUGGCGGUGGCGGCAGCAGCGGCAGCAGCGGCAGCAGCGGCAGCAGCGGCAGCAGCGACAGCAGCGGCAGCAGCGACAGCAGCGGCAGCAGCGACAGCAGCGGCAGCAGCAGCAGCAGCAAUGGUGGCCACCGCGGUGGCGCGGCGUUGUCCUGGACCCAGCUGCGAGACGUGCUGGCGCCGCUUACGGUGUCCGGAAGCAGCACACGUGCGGUCCCCGUCUCCACUGCCGCUACUGUUGCCGCCGCCGCUGCCGAUGGCGGACGUAACAGCGGCACUGAUAGGGUCGAGCACUACACUGAGGCUGAUGGCUAUGGCACCGUCCGCCGGCAGCUCCUUCAGGAGUUCCGCCGCGCGGUUUCUCUCCUCAAAUCCCCCGUGGAAACGCUUCGAGAGACGUGGAGGCAGGCGGAGGCCACACAACGCGCAGCGUUACGGGACCCUUCACCGCAACCGGCCAACAAGGGCGGGGCGAGGCCCGCUCGUGCAGUCCUGGACGAGCUCAACGGCGCUCAGCAUGCAUUCCACACGGGGGACCUGGCGGCGCUGCCGAUGGACGGCGUCGCCAACUUGGCCGAGCUGUACGGCUUUUCUGCGAAAGACAUGACGACAACGUCCAGCAGUACGAUGGAAUGGGCGCAACAUACGACCCCACCGACAGCCAGGCCGGGAUCCAGGUCUGGAUCCGGUUCCGGAGCUGGCGACCUCGCAGCCAGGCCGCUGCUGGCGGCGCGGUCGCCAGCUCCGGAACCAGAUUCAGACCUGGAUCCCGCCCUGACUGGUGUCAAAGCGCCGUCGGGCGGUACCGCCCCGAGUGCGGCUGAUGGAUGGUUCUCCCUUCAGGACGACGAUGCAGCGCAAUCAGAAGAUUCCCUUGGCGAAGAGUUUCCAAUCACCAGCGGCGGCUCGCCAACCGUCAUCUACACGAGCACCAGUAGCAGCAGCAGUAGUAAAGGCGUUACUGUGACGAAAAGCAGUCACACCGUCGCAAGUAAAGCCCUGUCCGGUGGCGAUGUACUGUCGCCGGCGGAUGUGGCGGCGGCGAAUUCACCCCGGUUUACAACUGGACUGCGGCUACGUCCUCCUACCUUGCUGCCGCUACCGUUGCAAGUAGCUGCACCGGCUGCGUCAGCUGUUGUGCCGACAACGCUGCUGCCUUCCUCAGUCUCCUUCCCUGCAGCCGCACCAGAGGUGGUUGCGGCCGCCACCGCCACCGCCGCCGCCGCCAAAGCGGCACGAGAAGUUAAGCCCCACCUAUGGACCCGAGCCGGGGCUCCCUCCUCUGGGCCCCGAACAACCCCGGCAUCAGAAGUGCAAGGCGCCACCAGCACCACGGCUGCCGUAUCGGCUCCAGGGGAACUGCCUGGGGCCUGGGAAAGGCAACAGCGCGUUCCUGGCACACGAGCAGGUGCAAACAGCAAACAAGCAACCGGGGGUUCCAGUGGUGAGGGCGGUCGCAGCGGGGCUUACCGGACAGCCUUGGCGCUGCGACCCGUCCCGCGCGCCGCUACGCCCCCCUCCGGGCUUCCCAGCUUGCGUCGCGGCUGCCCCCGCAGCAGCAGCUGCCUCGACGAGGGCAUCGACGUGGCGGCCCAUCAUCUUGACGACUUCCUGUACGACAUGGAUUACGUCGUACCGGAUGACAGCCUCGCUGGCAAUGCGCUGUUCGACCCGCUGUACCGCACUGGCAUGGCCCCCCUGGAGUGCAGCAGCCCUAAAGCCGGGCCCCUGCCGGGAAUGUGCCUGGCACCGCAUGCGCCCAUGCUGACACAGCUCAUGCAGCCCCUGUACGACGAUGACUAUGCAAAUGACUUUGGCACUGCCGUACAGGGCACGCCGGAGGCGGUGUACGGACCCGCGGGUCAGCUGGAUGCACUGCGCGCCGCCGUCAUCCUCGGCGACCUCCAUACGCCCGGGCCCUGGGUCGCGACACAGCCGCGGCUGGCACCGGCACCGGCACCGGCACCGGCACCGACGCCGCGGGAGACGAAUACGGAGAUGGGAAUCACGGCAGCGGACGCAACGGGUAUGGCAGCAGCAGUGCCACUGCGAUCCCUUGAUGGAGAUCUGUCAAAGCUGGGGGUUUCAGGGCCGAAAGGCAGUGUCAUAAGCACUGGCUCUGGCCGGGAAAUUGACGGGCCAGUCGGUCUUAGGACUGCUGGAAGGGGCGAUAAGGAAAAGGGUGACAAGGAAAAGGGUGACAAGGAAAAGGGUGACAAGGAAAAGGGUGGCAAGGAAAAGGGUGAUAAGGAAAAGGGUGACAAGGAAAAGAGCGACAAGGGCUCUGAGAAGGGUGGCAAGGAUGGAAAAGAUGGGUACGGCAAGGGUAACGGCAAGAACGGCAAAGGUAAAGGCACCGAGGACACGAAAGAUCUCAACAGCCGGAUCAUCUUCUCCACUUCACCCUACCUGGUUGGGGUGCCGUACCCAAUUUCAAUCUAUGCGGGCACGUUGUACUUGGCGGAGGCGGACCCAACGUUGGCGGCAAAGGGCAAGGCAGCCCGCGCCGGGCUCCUCGUAGACUAUUACAUUGAGCGGAACUACUAUACGACCUACACCUUCACGAGGUUUGGCCCCGGCACCGUUGCUACCACCGCAGCUACGGCCCGCUCUCGAGGACAGAUCGGCGUCGCCGCAAAGGCCCGGGCACUCGGCCAGGCGUUGUUCAACUAUCGCCGAAACCGCUAUGACGAUAACAGGGUGGAGGUUUUCCUCAGCACGCAGGGCCUGGCGGCCAGUUCCGUGGGCGCCUACCUGUUCAACAACCCACUUGUGGAUAACCAGUUCCUGUUGCAGCAGCCCAACUUGAACUGA